UAUGUCCUGUCGUCAAGUUUUACUGGAAGUGUACCUUAAUCUUGGUAGCGCAGCACAUGUGUGUGGGCUUUAUAUCGAACAAAAUGAGUUUGUGAUUUGUCUAUGCACUUUGUUUUGACACUUUGAUAGUGUCGUACCGUUACGUUGAACGUUCAUUUGAAAUUAAUAAAUAAUUUGUAGUUUGUGGUAAUGAACUUAUCUUUCUAAAUUUUAAAUCAAUCAAAAGCGAGUUUCUUAUUUUGAUUGUGAUUAAAAGUCUCCAAGAUGACCGCUGAUCCUAAAUCUAAGUUAUCCGAGCUUCAAGCGACGAUAUCUAAAAUGUCGCUGGAGGCGUGCUGUGUCGCGGUAUUACCGGAGCUAGGGCUCUUCUGGGGCGACGUGUCACGCGCCAUGCGCGACUCGAGGAUGCCCAUGACGCCUACGAGCGCCGCGAGGGUGCUGAGCAGACAUAUAGCUCGCUCACUGCCAGCUGAAGAAUAUGAUGACUUGUUGAACCGAUUGAAGCUUAAAUUGGUAGCAACCCAGAGCCGAGUCUGGCACCUGAUCUCACUGUCGGAGCCCGAGUCGGAGGAGCCCGUGUCCGCGGCUGCCAUGACGUCGCGCGUGCGGCAUGCGCUGCGGAAAGCAAAGGCUCCUAAGAAUAUGACCGCUGUGGUGGAGUCCGUGAACAUCGGUGACCUGGUGUACUUCAGCGUACAACUAGUAUCCGCGACCAGGCAGGGCAACACGCUGUACUGCGCAGUCCCCCCGGGGCGCCCUGUGGCCCUGCUCAGCUCCCUCGGGGCCAAGACCAUGCUGAAGGCCAUUGUUGAAGGCCUCGGCUACAAAACGUACACGGACGAGAGCCUCCACGGGCGCGACAUCCCGUCCCUCCUGCGCAUCCACUCGCGGGGCUCCGGCGACGACAACGUGGAGCUGCUCACAGGCGCCCCGGAGUACCGGCCGCAGCCGCUGCUCACUGACAACGGCAUCGACUUCACUUACAAGUGA